AUGCUUCUGUUCUGCCUCGGGAAAAAAUACAAGAAAAAUUCGUUCUAUCGCCUGGUUCAAUUGGAUCUGGGAACGAACAUCGCUUGUCACAUCAACACCUGGAUUGCUAUACGAUUUCAAAUGUACCCUGGUUUGGUGUUCAUUGUAAAGUUCAUUGAAACCACAAUACCUGGUCUCUUGAAAUGGCUCAAGUUUUUCUGCAUUUGGUUCUUUCACGUUCAUUUCUGGACAGCAGAGUUGCUGGCUCUUCAUCGAAUGUCAUCUAUCUUAUUUCCAUAUAGCUAUCAGACAUUCUGGAAUCGUUUCUACCUUCGCAUAUUCAUUGUAAUUUGGGUUGUUAGUGGUCUACCAAAAUUUCUUUGGACUGGGUUCAUCUCUGAAGUCUAUAUCGUAGAUGGAAAAUUAAUGUCCAUUGUGUUCCCGACGACUAGGAGAACUGCAGGCGAUGUGGCAGCUAUAUUCUCAAUAAUUUAUAUUGCAUUACUUAUAGCAACGGGAGUGGUGAACUAUAUUUUGUUGUGUAGAUUACCUUAUGUGGAUAUUACAUCAAAAGCAAGUAUAAAAAGAAUGCUCAGAAAUACUGCGACUGUUUACGCAUUGGCCUACAUAGGAGAAGUUGUUUGGAGUGUAUUGAAUGCUGCUGAUUCACAUUUCCAUAUUUUUUCACCAUGGUUCAUUGAACACAAUACAUGCCUUCUUCUUAUUGUGUCAACCAUUUUCACACUGUCCCUUCCCUAUAUUCUCCUGGCUUUCGACAAGAAUGUGAGGGAAGAUGUAUGGGGUCGUUGCAAAAAACGUGUGGCCCAGAUUCGAGGAGCACCUGACGUUGUCUCACGAUCGAUUUUGAUUUGA